AUGGCCGAUUCGAUUCACUUGUUCGGUCGUGACGACCUGUCUAUAAUAGAAUCUCCUGGACCCGGAACAACUACGACUCCAUCCCUCACAGCCAACCUCGUCUGCAGAGUGCUUUUCGGCAUCAUCGCCAACUUUGCAUGCAUAGUACCUCUGAAGAACCUCUACCGAAAUGGCGAGUUCGCCGCUGUUGUCUUUAUCGCCAACAUUCAGGUGUCGAAUCUCGACACAAUCAUCAACGCCCUCAUCUGGAGAGACGACGACACUAGCAAGUGGUGGUCUGGACAAGGGUUCUGUGAUGUCAGCCCUUACUAUACCAACUUCCUCAAUGCAUUGUUUGGAACUUGUCUACUCGCCAUCAUGCGCAACCUCGCUCAGCAAGUCGGUCUUCUAAGAGCUAACCCUCUGUCUGUCCAAGAAAAGCGCCGGCGCAAUCUUGUUCAAGCACUCAUCAUGUUCCCACUUCCCAUCCUCCAAGUCGCUUGGGUCUGGCCUUUAACUAUGCAAAGAUAUGCAGUUGCUACUCUUGUCGGGUGCAGUUGGGUCGCAUGGCCUGCGUGGCCUUACAUGGCCUUCUUCGUCAUCGCUCCUGUUGUCGUUGCGCUGAUAACAUCCGGAUAUGCUAUCCUCACUUACAUCCGCUUUCGCGAGAUUGCAAGGACCACUCGAACAGCAAUCAAUAGCAGCAGGUCUGCUAAUCAGCGGGCUCAAAGGACAAAGCGCCGCCUCUAUCUCAUGGUACUGGCCAUCUUGGUCCCUUAUCUACCUGUUGUCAUCACCCUCGCCGUUCUAAACAUUCUCGGUGCUUUCCCACUCCAACCCUUUGACUACGAUCUCAUUCAUAACCGCACUUGGCCCUAUCCGUGGUCGUCUGUGAUUCUUGUCCCAUCCAACGGCUUCACCUUCAUCCUUCUGAACAACUGCUACAUCAACAUCCUCGCUGCAAUUCCCGUCGUUCUCUUCUUCGGCAUGACAAAGGACGCUAUCAACAGCUAUCGUCGUGGCCUGCUUUACUUUGGUCUUGGGCACUUAUUCCCCAAGCUUCAAGAGGAGUAUGAUCCUGACAGAACGACAUACGGUAGCAAUUCUGGUACCUCUCACCUCAUGGAUUCUUCAGUUUCGACUACAUCUUCGAUCCCCAAAAAGAUCAAAAGUCUUCUUACCAGUCGCAGCUUAACAACAGCAUCAUCUGCGAGCCUCAAUCCUGUCUCUCUACAACCUACACAGAGCGCUACCAUACCAGAAGUCGAGAUAGGACACGAGUUGAGAGAAUUCCAGACCUCGCAAUCGCCCCUCCGAGAGAUAGUCUACCCCCCUCUGAGUGCUUCGCCUUCUACAGACCCAAUCACUCUACCUCCUCGCAAUCCCUUCCUGUUUCGGACUCGUUUCGACUUACCCACUAUCCCACUCCCACCUUUGUCUUCUUUUACCUUUAGAAGAAAGAAGGAUCGUCGACCUCCUCUGGAUCGAGGCUUACCUCUUGAUUCCCUGCCUUCCGUCGUGAACAGCCGCAUGUGGGAGGACAACGUGUCUGUCCAACCUCCUCGAAACCAAACACUUGUUUGGGCGGAUAUAGAAGACGCCCCAACUCCCGACACCAUCACGUCCGACACUCGCUUACUUGUCCCUAUGUCGUCAACGUUUUCUGUCACAGCCGAGCCCCUCGAGGAAACAUAUCGACGCUAG